AGCAGUGAAGAAGUGUGUAGUGAUAGAAAAAGAGACAUAUUUUUUCCUGUGGAAGAUUCAUCAGUCCUGCAGCCGCUGUUUAAUUUUUCGGUUUUUCGUUCAACUAGUUUUUAAUAAGGGAUCUUUGCUAGUGAAACGGACAAAAAGAAGUUUUUUAACUAGAUAUUUUGCGUUGCUGGAACGAUUUUUCGACUCGUGUGCACAUUGUUUUCGUUAGUUGAAAUUGUGUUAAUUCGACAUGUUUUAUCCUCUGCAUUCAACAUUCGAAGAUGGACAAAUUGAAGUGGGUCGGUCGGAAACUCUAGGCCAAGAAUCGCCGGUUGACAACAGACACUCACUUGCCGUGUCAUUUUCGCUCGGAAACACACUAAUUAAUCUCAACAAGAUCAAACACCCAAGUGCCCAAUUUCAACAUGAUCAAAUGUAUUCGAUGCGACCCGAAUUGGCUUCGAAGAAAAAUGUCGAAUUCACUUACUCGCCAAGCUCAACGCCUCAACCAACAUUCGAAGAUGGAGAAAUUGAACUUGCCCGUCCGGAAAUGCUGAGCCAGGAGCAACAGCUUGUUGACAACAAGCAUUCACUCGCUGUAUCCCUAUCGCUAGGAAACACGCUAAUAAAUCUCAACAAGAUCAAGUACACAACCGCCCAAUCUCAGCAUGAUCAAAUGUCAACGAUGCGUCCUGAAAUGCUUACACAAUAUCCGCUAACGGAUAACAAACAUUCACUCGCUGUGUCGCUUUCACUGGGAAACACAUUAAUCAAUCUCAAUAAGAUCAAGUGUCCACAGUGUCGGAAGCGCUUCGACACGAUGGAGGAAAUGCAGCAGCAUCGCACUAAGCAUCUGACAGAGAAUAAAUUCAAGUGCGAAAUAUGCAGCAAAGAGUUCCCUAGUCACAGCUCGAUGUGGAAGCACACCAAAGCUCACACCGGAGAUCGUCCAUUCGUUUGCCAAAUUUGCAACAAAGGGUUCACACAACUAGCCAACCUGCAGCGCCAUGACCUUGUUCAUAACGGACUGAAGCCUUUCAAAUGUCCAAUCUGCGAAAAGUGCUUUACGCAGCAGGCAAAUAUGUUGAAACAUCAACUUCUUCAUACCGGACUUAAACCAUACAAAUGUCCAGUGUGCCAGAAAGCAUUUUCUCAACAUGCAAAUAUGAUAAAACAUCAGAUGCUUCAUACAGGUUUGAAGCCUUAUAAAUGUCCAGUGUGCCAUAAGGCUUUCACUCAACACGCCAACAUGGUUAAACAUCAGAUGCUUCAUACCGGUUUAAAACCGUACAAGUGUCCCGUUUGUGAUAAAGCGUUUACUCAACAAGCCAAUAUGGUCAAGCAUCAGAUGCUUCAUACCGGAGUAAAACCUUACAAGUGUUCUACGUGUGGCAAGGCUUUUGCACAACAGGCAAACAUGGUCAAGCAUCAGAUGCUUCAUACCGGAGUGAAACCAUACAAAUGCCCAACCUGUGAUAAAGCUUUUGCUCAGCAGGCGAACAUGAUGAAGCAUCAGAUGCUCCACACUGGACUAAAACCGUACAAAUGCAACACGUGCGGCAAAGCGUUCGCCCAGCAGGCCAACAUGGUCAAACAUCAGAUGCUACACACGGGCAUUAAACCGUACAAAUGCAAUACGUGUGGUAAAGCUUUCGCGCAACAAGCGAAUAUGGUCAAACAUCAAAUGCUACACACCGGAGUUAAACCCUACAAAUGCUCAGUGUGCGGUAAAGCGUUCGCGCAGCAAGCGAAUAUGGUCAAACAUCAGAUGCUCCACAGCGGAAUUAAGCCAUAUAAAUGUCCAACUUGCGAUAAGGCAUUUGCCCAGCAGGCUAACAUGGUUAAGCAUCAAAUGCUGCACACUGGUGAAAAGCCGUUUAAAUGCAAGAGCUGUGAUAAAGCAUUCUCUCAGCGUGCCAAUCUCAAAAAGCACGAGAUGGUGCAUCUCGGAAUACGUCCACACACCUGUCCUUUGUGCUCUAAGUCGUACUCGCAGUAUUCGAAUCUUAAAAAGCACUUGCUGGUGCAUCAGAAGCAGUCACUGAAGCAACAGCAAAACGGACAGGUUAUGGUGAUUUUAUACAACUGCCAAACCUGCAAGAUGCAGUUCGAAAACAUUCUCGAAUUUGAACGUCACACAAAGCAAUGCAACGAAAUUAACAACGGUAACCAUGGUCUGAAGCUGGAGCACAUCAAUAUAAAAAGUGAAAUCGAUAUAGACGGCAGUUCAAGCUCGGGAAUGACGCAACACAUCACUAUACCACAAAGCCAACCUCAACCUCCAAUGCACGUCCCAUCGGCAAUACUAACAUCGGUGAUCUCAUCCUCUGCUGCUGUGGCGAAUGCUCACACCCUCAGCACCGCUCACGCAAGUCACCAUCCAAGCGCUCAUUUGCAGCAUCCACAGCCGCAGCACACACCGCCGGAUGUUGCGCUUCAACAUCAGCAACAGCACCAACAGCAACAACAACAGCAACAGCAGCAAACCGUUCAUCAACAGCAGCCACCUCCAACUCAUCAGCAGCAUCCGUCUCUACAGCAACAGCACAACCUACCCAUCCAUCUACAACAACAGUUAUCACAUCACCUAAUAUCCUCCCAUCUUCCCCAUCAAGACCAUGGUCCAACAGAGUUGCACCAUCAGGUCAACUUCCACCAUCCGCACAUACCUCAUAUUCCCAGUAUACCGCACAAAAUACUCUCCCCAUUGUUCCACAUUCCGCCAUUCAACAACAACCACAGUACAUAAUGGAAAGCUCGAAAGGGAUCAUCGGCCAGUGGUAGAUCCCUACCGAUUGCUGUGACAACAACAACAACGACGGCAGCAGCAGCAGCAGCAUUAGCCGCAGCAACGACAGCUACAUCGACCGUUGCGACAGUGACUGAACCCGCUUCAGAUCAGCAGCAGCAGUAGACUCUUAAUGAACCCUGCAGAGCAGGGCACCGCGCCAUGCAUCGCGGGCAAAUAUACUAAAUCAAUACUUAUGUAGUUGCACGGGUAGCAGCGGAUGUCAGAUGAUCGAAUCGAACGCGACCAGUGCGAUGGCACUGAAUAUACUCCAAGAGUAUUUACUUAUAGGUAGGACUAUCAAAGGGCAGAGUUGAAUAUGACCUCUUAUUAUUCUAGAUCGCACAGCACUGGCACAGUAGUCGUCACAACGGUUUAUUAGGUUGAAAUAGUGGCAACGUGAUGAACAGUUUUUUUUUGUUACACGUGCUACUGCACAUUAACGUUUGUGUCGUGGGCGGGAAAUAUUACCCGCGAGAAUCGAUGCUAAACUUAGUAUUCUAGGUCGAAUAUUUGGUCAGCAAUGUAUUUUGCGUGCAAAUCGAAUUGUAUGACCCUACCCUAUGAUUGGUCAAAAAGAUUGCUUCCAAUCGAAUGCAUUAUUAAAGUGAUAUCUUCCUAGAGUAAGUGCCCCGCUUAAUGCUUUGUUUGAGUUCGGAACUUAUUUUUUAUAUUUAAACUUAUUUGUGCCUUGUUCAGGAAAAUUUACAAUUAGUGUCGAUCAUUGAAUUGAAUUAAUUGUUAUUGUGAUACCUAACGAGAAACUAGAGUACCGGUUAUAGGCAUAUUUCCCUGAGAAUAUCUGUAUGCUAAUGAAGGAUAACUCACAAGGAAACAUCACUAUCGGUCACAGGCUUAGAGCUUAACCAUAAACACCAUAGCGUAGCUCUGUCGAUCCAGAACAUCACUGCACUGCUCGUAUAGGUGUAGUCUAUGGAACUUUUUUGAGAAAACUUAACUUGAAAUUUGUAUGGGAAUGUGACUCAAUGGAGGCGCAUGAUACAUGAAUAUCCUACAUACACCCUCAAGUAACAGAACAAAAAAAAAUUAUAUUGAUUGAAAAAAAUCAGAGGGGUUGUGUACAAGACACGACCGCAUAUAUAGGUGACGCAGGACUACGUAAG